GAGUUGAAUAAAUUUAUGGCGACCAAUUUGCUGAUAAAUCCUGUAAAACUACGCUUUUAUACAGAAAGAUAUGAAAAGGAAGAGAAAUUGAUAAAUGUGCGAGACACGUUUGUGCCUACUACUCGUACAAAACCAUUAACUGUCAAGUUCUAUGCGAAACACGACGUUUUCUCCCCGUCGGACGUUAGAGAAGACGAUGUCAACCUGAUUAAACGCCAGAUGGAAAUGAUACCCAAAGACGUUUAUUCGUUUAGGCCGCCGGCGGUGAACAUGGAAUACGGCUGGUUCACCGUACCGCUGGUACCUCUUACCAAGGAUCCACGACUACGCUUCUCCAGGAAGCAAUCGGAUUUUAUCGCGAGUGAGCUCGUACAUCGAAAACUGCAGAGAGGUCUGCCGGAAAAGAGAUUUGCUGGCGUGCCUUUUAGAACAUAAA